AUGGACUUCGCAGCCCUUAUGAACAAGGAGCUUGCCAAGUCCAAGAAGCCCGCCGACGAUGGCAAAAAGUUCCUGAAGCGCUCCGACGUCGAGGCCGAGCGCAAGGCCGCCUACAUAGCCGAGCAAAAGGCCAUCGAGGCCGAGCGCGAGGCCAAGGCCGCCGCGAAGCGCAAGCGUGAGGAGGACGCCGCGGCCGAGAGCGCCGCCCGCGAGGAGAAGCGCCGCCGCCUGGCCGAGGAGUCGCGGCGGCGGCGCGAGGAGCAGGAGGCGGAGGAGGAGCGCGCGCGGAGGAAGCGCCUCGGCCUGCCGGAGCUGGUCAAGGCGACGAGCGAGGACGUCGAGGAGGGCGUCGGCGGCGCGCCCGGCGACAUCCCCGACGAGGAGCUGCUGGACAAGCUGCGCGAGAUUGGGCACCCGGCGAGGCUGUUCGCGGAGACACACGCGGCGCGGCUGCGGCGGUACAGGAAGCUCACUACGGUGGUCACCAACGGACCGAUACCGACGACGCUCCAGCUGGUCGAGGCAAAGGACAUGAAGGUCGAUGGCUCGGUGCCGCAGGACAAGGAAGGGCGCAAGUGGCUGUUUAGGCAGCUUGCGAGCUACUUUACCAUGGUCCUGACGGAGUACCAGCGGGCGAUGGAGGAGGAGAAGCAGGAAACGACGGCUAGUAAGACGGCCUACAGCGCCAUGGUGCAGACGAGAGAAAACAUGAAGCCGCUGUUCCGAAAGUUCGAGGCCGGAGACCUCGACGACUCGCUCAUCGAGCCCAUCGUCGAGAUCGUCAAGGCCCUCCAGGAGCGCCGCUAUGUCGACGCCAACAACGGCUACCUGCGCCUGAGCAUCGGCAAGGCGGCGUGGCCCAUCGGCGUGACCAUGGUGGGCAUCCACGAGCGCAGCGCGCGCGAGAAGCUCCACGACGGCGCAAAGGGCCAUGUCAUGGGCGACGAGGUCACGCGCAAGUUCCUGCAGAGCAUCAAGCGCUGCCUCACCUUUUCGCAGGUCCGCUGGCCGCCCGAGGACCUGAGACAGCUGAUGGGUUGA